UCAGCCGCCCAGAAUAGCCACCCAAAUUCCAAUCUCUGUUUCUCUCUCUCUCUCUCACUUGAAAAAUAUCUAUCCAUCAAAAUACGCCAUGCCCCUCCAUUCACCAUUCACCCAGCGAAUCCCAUAAAACACAACCACAGUACCAUCAUCAUCAUCAUCAUCACCAUCAUCAACAUCAAACAAAAACAAACGGAUCAACCCAACUUCAACUUCAACCCCUUUCUUCCUUCCCUCACUAUUCCAUCUCUCUCACUUUUCUCUUCUCUCUCUCUCUCUUUCUUUCUUUCUUUUGCUGGCAAUAAGUUACAGCCACCAACCCUAGAGCGUUGAAGAGACAACACAGUACUUUAUUCACCAACAACAGUAACAGUCUUCACCACCAUGUCCCUUGAAGACUCUCUAAGAUCUCUCUCCCUCGAUUACCUCAACCUCCUCAUCAACGGCCAGGCCUUCAGCGACGUCACUUUCAGCGUCGAGGGUCGCCUCGUCCACGCCCACCGCUGCAUACUCGCCGCCCGCAGCCUCUUCUUCCGCAAAUUCUUCUGCGGACCGGACCCCCCCUCCGCCCUCGACCCCGCCGGCCCAAGACUCAACUCGCGCUCCGGCGUCAUCCCAGUCAACUCCGUCGGCUACGAGGUCUUCCUUCUCAUGCUCCAGUUCCUCUACAGUGGCCAGGUCUCCAUCGUGCCUCCCAAGCACGAGGCCCGCCCCAAUUGCGGCGAGCGAGGCUGCUGGCACACGCAUUGCACCUCCGCGGUCGAUCUCGCCCUCGACACCCUCGCCGCCGCCAGAUACUUCGGCGUCGAACAGCUUGCAUUGCUUACCCAGAAACAACUUGCGAGCAUGGUGGAGAAGGCUUCCAUAGAGGAUGUAAUGAAAGUGCUGUUGGCUUCGAGAAAGCAAGACAUGCAGCAACUAUGGGCCACUUGUUCUCACUUAGUAGCGAAAUCAGGUCUUCCUCCCGAGGUUCUCGCCAAGCACCUCCCCAUAGACAUUGUGGCCAAGAUCGAAGAGCUACGUAUCAAAUCCUCCAUGGCGCGCCGCUCCUUGGUGCCACACCACCACCAUCACCCCCACCACCACCACGCCGCCCUCGAUCUCGAGGACCAGAAAAUCCGGCGAAUGAGGCGCGCCCUGGACUCCUCCGAUGUCGAACUCGUAAAGCUAAUGGUAAUGGGGGAGGGUCUCAACCUCGACGAGGCACUGGCCUUACCCUACGCGGUGGAGAACUGCAGCAGAGAGGUGGUGAAGGCAUUGCUUGAACUCGGUGCAGCGGACGUCAACUACCCCUCCGGCCCCGCCGGGAAAACGCCGCUCCACAUUGCGGCAGAGAUGGUGUCGCCGGACAUGGUGGCGGUGCUGCUGGACCACCACGCGGACCCGAAUGUGAGAACCGUUGAUGGGGUGACACCUCUGGACAUCCUCAGAACCCUAACCUCGGAUUUCCUCUUUAAGGGUGCUGUCCCAGGAUUGACCCACAUCGAACCCAACAAACUGAGGCUGUGUUUGGAGCUUGUUCAAUCCGCAGCUCUUGUGAUGUCACGAGAAGAAGGCAAUGGCAACAACAACAACGGUCCUUCCAAUACCGCAGCACCCAUUUACCCUCCCCCCAUGAACGAGGACCAUAACAGCAGCAGUAGCAGCGGCAACAACAACAAUAACAUUGGAAAUCUCAAUCUGGAUUCAAGGUUGGUGUAUCUGAACCUGGGUGCCACCGCUUCGAUGAGUUCCCGGUUGGACGGCGGUGAGGAGGAGAGAGAAGCCAUGAAUACAACCAUGUACCACCAUCACCACUCUCAUGACUAUUAGUGGCUGAGAAUUUGGACGCAGUGAUAGAUGAUGGAGAAUGGAGAAUUUAAAGAGGAUGAUGAGAGGGGGAGAAUUGUUGAUGAAUAUGGAGGGACCCUAUUGAAGGGAUGGAGCACAAAAGAGUCUUCUUCUUUUGUGAGUUGAAAUAGACUGGUAUUCACUGCCCUUCUGAUUUAUCUGUGUUGGCUCUCUGCUAUUUUGUUGGGUUUUUUUUUUCUUUUUUUUCCUUUUUAGCUUUUGGGGUUUAGACCUUUCAAAUGGUCACCAUUUGAAGUGCGGUUUCAUGGGAGAUUGGGAUAAGAGACAGGAAGAAUCUAAUGGGUUCAAUUUAUUUUUUGUUUUUAUUUUUCUGUGAAACGAAAGGGUGCAUGGAGGAGACGCAGGUCAAUCUUUUCAAAUCCUCCUUCACCUGUCAACUCCUUAAUUUGUAUUUACUGAUCCGUAGCUAAUAUCACGGCCUAUUUAUUGUGAUCGCUUUACAAUUUCA